CUCCCUGCGUGGAGUGAGAGACAGCAGCCGCCUGCUAGCUGGCUAAUAAAAGGCUCUUUAAAUUCUGUUUGGCUGUCUCGUACUUUAACUCACGGGCACCGUAACAUUUGGAGGCCCCAGCGAGAUAUCUCAGCGUUUGCUGAGGCUCAUCGGUCGAGACAAAGGUCUGACUACCGGCCCUCCCCCAGGGGGCUCGCGCUGAGAGACGUUCCUCAGCUCCGGCGGAGAACCGAGUGGUCAAGCCUUGAAAUUCAAAAAUCCGCCUCUGGAGCCAUCUGGACGUGGGCCCACAACGCCCACAUGGGAUGACUGUCAACAACUUCUGCAGACCCUUUUCACGUCAGAGGAGAGAGAGAGGAUCCGUGCCCAGGGACGGAAACUAGUCGGGCCAGACGGUCUGCCAACCACAGAAGUAGACCGCCUUGAGGCUGUUUUUCCCUUCACCCGACCCCGGUGGGACCCUAACACUGGUCAAGGUAAGGAGGCUCUCGAACGGUACCGCCAGACUCUAAUGGGGGCUCUCCGAGCAGCAGCGUGGAGGCCUACAAAUAUGUCCAAGGUAACGGAGGUGACUCAGGGGCCACCGAGUCCCCCGCUGCUUUUCUAGAGCGCCUCCAGGAGGCUUACCGGUUAUAUACCCCUAUAGAUCCGGAGGCGCCAGAGAACAGGCGGGCAAUUAAUAUUGCCAUCGUCGCCCAGUCAGCCCCAGAUAUAAGGAAAAAGUUACAGAAGUUAGAAGGCUUUGAGGGAAAGGUACUGAGCGAGUUGGUGGAGGUUGCGCAACGAGUCUUCAAUAAUAGGGAAAGUUCAGAAGACUUAAACAAAAAAAUGGCAAAAGUCCUACUUGCCAUGAGUGAGGACCAGACGCGGAAUAAAAACCGAGGAGGAGGUCAGAAGUUUGGAGAAAAGCCAGGGGGAGGAAAUAAAUUGUCCGGCAGGAGAGGGGGGCGAAAAGGACCCUCUCUAGGCCAAAACCAAUGUGCUUUCUGUAAGGAGCAGGGGCACUGGAAAAAUGAGUGCCCGAGAAAAUCUUGUCGAGGACCGUCAAAGGUCCUUCUAGAGAAGGAAGACUGACGGGGCCGGGGCUCCGCCCUUAGCCCCCAGGAGCCCAGGGUCACUCUUAAAGUAGGGAGCCGAGACAUUGACUUUUUAGUGGACACUGGGGCAACUUUUUCUGUGCUCCAGGAAGCAGAAGGCCCUCUAUCGCAAAAACGGAUCCCAAUUCAAGGGGCCACUGGAGGAAUCAAGUCCUAUCCAUGGACACAGGCCCGGAUAAGUAACUUAGGGGAAGGAACCGUUACUCACUCCUUCUUAGUUAUGCCUGAGUGCCCUUACCCUCUAGUUGGCCGUGACUUGCUCCACAAGCUAAGAGCAACCAUUUCCUUCCAAGACGAAAGGCCGGAAGUAAACUUUCCUAGACAGCCGAGUUCCAUCUUAAUUACCUGCCCCCUGUCUGAAGAGUACCUCCUCCUAACUGGGGAAGAUGCGCAUAAACAAGAGACUGAGCUCCUCAUAAAGUGGCAGAAAGAAAUUCCAGAAGUAUGGGCAGAAACCAAUCUCCUGGGACUGGCUGGCCACCAGCCCCCAAUAGUUGUCCAGCUUCUAAGUCAUGCCACACCUGUCCGGAUUCGACAAUAUCCAAUGAGUUACCGAGCUAAAAAAGGAAUAGCUGUCCACAUUAAGAGACUAAGGGAAGCGGGGAUCCUUGUACCCUGCAAGUCCCCUUGGAACACCCCGCUCCUACCUGUCCAGAAACCGGGGACCUAGGACUUCAGGCCAGUACAAGACCUACGAGAGGUCAACGAGAGGGUUGAGACGAUCCACCCAACGGUCCCUAACCCAUAUACCCUGCUUAGCUUGCUUCCUCCCGAUCGGAAAGUGUACACUGUACUAGAUUUAAAGGAUGCCUUCUUUUCACUACCCCUGGCUCCGGUCAGCCAGCCUCUUUUUGCCUUUGAGUGGACAGACCCCGAAGUAGGGGAUUCGGUACAAUUAACCCGGACUAGGCUGCCCCAAGGUUUUAAAAACUCUCCUACUCUCUUUGAUGAAGCCCUUAGCCGGGACUUACUAGAAUUCCGGGAAAGACACCCCGAGGUUACUGUCCUCCAAUAUGUAGAUGACAUCCUCCUUGCAGCAAAAUCCCCCGAGGAGUGCCAGAAGUCUACAAAAGAAUUAUUAAAAGCUCUUGGGCAGCUAGAAUACCGGGUAUCAGCAAAGAAAGCACAGCUAUGCCUUCCCCAAGUCUCUUAUCUUGGGUACAAUAUAACUGAAGGAAAGAGAGCACUGUCUAACAAACGCAUCCAAGCCAUCCUCCAAAUUCCGACGCCCCGAACGAAACGGCAAGUCCGGGAAUUUUUAGGAGCGGUCGGAUAUUGCCGGCUGUGGAUCCUUGGGUUUGCUGAAAUAGCCCGCCCCCUUUAUGCUAGCACCGGGGGAAAGGACAUAGAACUAACUUGGACUGACAAGGAGGAGGGAGCUUUCCAGGCUCUAAAAAAGGCACUUACCCAAGCCCCAGCCUUAGCACUCCCAGAUCUCAGAAAACCAUUCCAGCUGCAUGUAGCUGAGGCACAAGGGGCAGCAAAGGGAGUGUUAACACAGCGCUUAGGGCCAUGGAAACGGGUAGUGGCUUAUCUGUCAAAACGCCUCGAUCUGGUUGCGGCAGGUUGGCCUAACUGCCUCCGGGCCAUUGCAGCCACCGCCUUGCUAGUUAAAGAAGCCUCUAAACUCACCUUUGGGCAAGAAUUGCAAAUCAUCGCCCCCCACGCAGUCGAAACCCUCCUCAAAAGCCCCCCAGACAGGUGGCUCUCUAAUGCAAGAAUUACUCAAUACCAAGUUCUUCUCCUUGACCCAUUCAGAAUAAAGUUUCUUCAAACCUCAGCUUUAAACCCAGCUACUUUGCUGCCAGAAAAUAAUCCCAGCCAACCUAUUCAUGACUGUGUUGAAACCUUAGCAGCAACCACCAAUCUGCGUGAGGACCUGACCGAUCUGCCGCUCCAGGACCCAGACGAAACUCUCUAUACUGACGGGAGCAGUUUCAUUCAAGACGGGACUCGAGUCGCGGGAGCAGCAGUAGUGACGGCCUCUAAGGUAAUAUGGGCCCAAGCCCUAAACCAUGGGACAUCUGCACAAAAAGCUGAGCUAAUAGCUCUCACCCAAGCUCUCCGAUGGGCCAAGGAAAAAGCGGUGAACAUCUAUACAGACAGCCGAUAUGCAUUCACCACUGCACACGUGCAUGGGGCCAUCUAUCAAGAAUGUGGCCUCCUAACCAGCGGGGGAAAGGACAUUAAAAAUGCCUCAGAAAUACUAGAGCUUUUAACAGCCCUUUGGCUUCCUAGAGCAGUAGCCAUAAUCCACUGCAAAGGACAUCAAACCUCAAAUACGCCCGAAGCAAAGGGAAAUGCUUUCGCCGACCAGAUGGCCAAAGAAGCGGCCCUAAAACCAGUGGGGCCCCUUCAAGUCUUGCCCCUCCUACCACCCCGGGUACUAAAAACUGCCCCAACUUACUCAGACUCUGACAUUCAUCUAAGUCAAGUGCUCCAAGCUAGAGAUGAUUCAAAAGGGUGGAAAGUUCUCCCCGACUCUAGAAUCCUCCUACCAGAAGCACUGGGAAGAGACUUAAUUUUACAAACACAUCAGAGUACACACUUAGGGGGGACAAAAUUAGCUGAAUUGCUAAGAACUGACUUUUACAUACCUAAGCUUUUUCAGGUAGCAAAAGAGGUAAGCAGAAGAUGCCACGUCUGCGCUCAAGUCAACCCAAGUCAUGUAAGUACCCCUGCUACCCCAGGUCACCGCCUAAGAGGUCAGCUCCCAGGAGAGCAAUGGGAAAUAGACUUCACGGAACUGCCUCCUGGACCAGGAGGAUACAAGUACUUACUUGUGCUGGUGGACACCUUCUCAGGAUGGGUUGAGGCCUACCCAACUCGGUCAGAGUCAGCCCAGGUAGUAGCUAAAAAAUUAUUAGCUGAAAUUAUCCCUCGGUUUGGCCUACCGGUAACAAUGGGGUCUGACAAUGGUCUGGCUUUUAUAGCCCAAGUUACCCAGAAUUUGGUAAAAGCAUUAGGAAUCGAAUGGAAACUACACUGCAUCUAUAGACCGCAAAGCUCAGGGCAGGUAGAAAGGAUGAAUCGGACACUUAAGGAAACCCUCACCAAACUUAAACUAGAGACUGGCAGAAACUGGGUGAGCCUCCUUCCGUUUGCCUUGCUCAAAGCUAGGUGCACCCCUUAUGUAAAAGGUAUUACUCCAUAUGAAGCCAUGUUUGGCAGGCCACCCCCGCUCCUCUCCAAGUUAGGGGAGGAGCAGCUUGCCUCCCUGUCUAACUCUGAACUUCUCAAGUCCCUACAGGCUUUACACUGCAACUCCAAAAGCAUCCACCACACCGUCCGCAACCACCACUCAAAACCUGACGCCGUGGAAGAAGAAACCCCUACUGCUGAACCUGGGGACUUGGUGUGGAUCAAGAAAAGACACCCCUCCUCCCUCGAAGCACGCUGGGCUGGACCUUAUCAGGUGAUUCUAAGCACACCGACUGCCGUGAAAGUCGCAGGUAAAAGAUUUUGGAUACAUCACUCACAAAUUAAGAGGGCAGACUCCGACCAGAACGCGGAAUGGGUUGUACAGAAAACAUCAGAUCCCUUAAAACUGCGGCUGCGGCGACGUACGCCAUUAUGCUAACUCUAGUAACUGUACUAACUGCCGAAAACCCUCAUCAAGCCACUAAUUAUACAUGGCAGUUAACUCGCACCAUUGAUGGAACAAUAGUUAGCCAAAUUAGCACUCCUGGCAGCCCUAAAUUUGUUUUUGACCUAUGUAAACUCUUUGGGAGAACCUGGAAUUCGCCACUGAGGGCAAGAGGGGGAAGAGUAGGGGUGAAAGCUUAUGGCUGUGGUGCAUUACCCCAGGAACAAGGGCUGUGGCAUAGCCAACAUUAUAUCUGUCCGCAGGAAGGUGCCUCAGCGUGUGGGGGAGAGGGCGAUUACUUCUGUUACAGUUGGGGUUGUGAAACCAUAGCCCCAUGGAAAAAUGUAGACCGUCUGUUAAGGGUCACGAGGGAUAAACGGCCGGGAGCUCCUACUAAGAACUGUGUAAUUGGAGAUUGUAACCCUGUUACCUUUGAACCACAGCAGUUUUGGGAGGACUCCCAGUGGUUAGGAGGAAAGACGUGGGGAUUGCGCCUAUAUGUAACAGGAUAUGAUCCUGGAGUGCUAUUUACUAUUCAAAAAAAAGCAAUCCCAAAGCCUCUAAAUCCAAUAGGCCCCCUGGUUCCCAUUGCAAUCGAAACACCCAUAGCAACUCUUUCCAAUACCAUGAGCCGUCCCUUACCACCUAAGGCAACCCCCCUUCCUUCACCUCUGAGCUUCCGCCAAAAGUCUGUACUCCAUACACUUAAACUUAUGUUCAAGUUCCUAAAUCAGACUUCCCCCAACUUAACUAAAGACUGCUGGUUAUGUCUAAACCCCGAACCACCCUACUAUGCAGGUCUAGGAGCUAACAGACAUAUAGGAACAGCUGAAGAUGAUAUCUGAAAUAUUUCCCUGUCAGAUGAUCACCAAAACUCACACUAUUGUCCCUGGGGCACUACCCCUAAGCUUACUUUAGGUGACUUUCAAGGACAAGGAACAUGUUUUCUAUCCCCCCAAUUCCCUUUGUCAAUAUCCCCUUAUGUUAACUCUUGUGCCUCAAAGACUACCUUUGGCAACAACUCUGCAAAGCAUCAUGAAUAUUACUUAGUAGCACCCAAGGGAACAUGGUUUGCCUGCACCACAGGGCUAACUCCGUGCUUAUACCCCCCGGCUCUCAUGCGACCAGGAGCCCCAGGGCUAUGCAUUCUCGCCCAUGUCCUCCCCCAGGUAUACUACUAUUCUGGGGAAGGGGGUAGGGAACACCUUGGAUUAACUAACUUAGAACGGGUCAAGUGAGCAGUGCCCAUAUUAGUGCCAGUGCUUUUCGGGAUUGGUGUAGCCGGAGCAACCGCAGUAGGAACCACGGCACUAGUCACAGGAAACCAAAACUUCAAAAGUCUUAGCACCCAGAUUGAUCAAGAUCUAAAAACCCUGGAGGAGAGUGUCACUAAAUUUGAAGAGUCCCUAAAUUCUUUAGCUGAAGUAGUGCUCCAAAACCGAAGGGGGCUUGACCUUCUAUUCCUGAAGCAGGGAGGGCUCUGUGUAGCCCUAGGCGAAGCGUGUUGCUUCUAUACUAACCACUCAGGUGUAAUUAAAGGAAGUUUGAGCCAACUCCGAAAAAGACUACAAGAUAGGGAAGAGCAAAGGAAAAAGGAGGCAAACUGGUUUGAAAAUUUAUUUUCUUGGUCCCCAUGGUUAACUACCCUAGUGUCAGCAGUUGCUGGACCCUUGAUCCUUCUCAUAUUAGCCCUGAUCAUAGGUCCUUGUGUUAUAAGGUGUUUAAUUCAGUUCGUCCAGCGACGCAUUCAAAGCGUAAAACUCAUGGUUUUGCAGUCUCAAUAUCAUCACCUGUCCUCAGAAGAAACAAUGAUUUGAUUCUCCCUAAAAACCAGUGGGGAAUGAAGUGGGGUCCCUUUCCCUUAAUCCUAAAACAUCUGAAAAGCAACAGUGUUGUGUAAACGGCAUUAGGCCAUGGGGAGGG